GUUAUUUUUGGGGGUUCUUGUCUUUACCUUCUAUGUCACUCUUUCCCCCCUAAUGCAUCAACCUUAAAGAUCAGCUGAGGAGAUACAAUUGUAGUGGGAUGUGUUGCAAUCCAAGCAUGGCAGGGGAUGAUCACCACUGGAUCCCAGCUGUAAGUGAGAAGGUGAUUCCUCCCAUCUGUUGUGUGAUGUAGAGUAGGCACAUCAGCUGUUCAGACUGCUGGACAUCCCUGGUGUGAGCUGCUGCUGCUGAAGGGAGAUUGUAGUCCAGGGCUGAUCCUGAGUGCACUGGUUGAGAUAAGAAGGGGUUGCAUUGACAGAAAGAAUUCAGUCUCUUGUAGUGGCAUGGAAUUCCAGGACUUGUACAGUGCUCAAGCAGGGAUAAAUCCUUAUGUUGAAGACUGGCAUUGCUAGAGAGUGCAAGGCAUGUUGUUGUCAUCUGGCAGAUAUCUGUGGAUGCCCUAGCAAAGGCUUCUGAUGCUGUGGGCUUUUUGAUUGAGACACCAUGAUUCCUGGUAACCGAAUGCUGAUGGUCAUUUUAUUAUGCCAAGUCCUGCUAGGAGGCACUAGCCAUGCUAGUUUGAUCCCUGAGACCGGAAAGAAGAAAGUGGCUGAGAUUCAGGGCCAGGCGGGUGGAAGGAGGUCCACUCAGAGCCAUGAGCUCUUGCGAGACUUUGAGGCAACGCUGCUGCAGAUGUUUGGCCUCCGCAAGCGGCCCCAACCCAGUAAGGACGUGGUGGUGCCCGCUUAUAUGCGGGACUUGUACCGACUACAGUCAGCAGAGGAAGAGGACGAGCUUCAGGAAAUCAGUCUGGAAUAUCCUGAGAGACCUACCAGCCGUGCCAAUACCGUGAGGAGCUUCCACCAUGAAGAACACUUGGAGAACGUACCAGGCACAGCAGAAAACACCAGCGUCCGCUUUUACUUCAAUCUCAGCAGCAUUCCUGAGAAUGAGGUGAUUUCUUCAGCUGAGCUAAGACUUUACAGAGAACAAAUCGAGAACGGCCCAGGAUGGGAAGAAGGCUUUCACAGAAUAAAUAUAUAUGAAGUUAUGAAGCCUCUUACGGCAGCCGGACAGAUGAUCACUAGGCUACUGGACACCAGACUAAUCCAUCAUAAUGUGACUCGGUGGGAAAGUUUUGACGUAAGCCCGGCAAUUAUGAGGUGGACCCAAGACAAGGGAAUUAACCAUGGGCUUGCUGUUGAGGUCAUUCAUCUCAACCAGACUAAAACUUAUCAGGGGAAGCAUGUCAGGAUUAGUCGAUCGUUAUUGCCUCAAGAGAAUGCCAACUGGUCAGAGAUGAGGCCGCUUCUUAUUACAUUUAGCCAUGAUGGCAGGGGACAUGCACUGACCAGGAGGUCUAAAAGAAGUCCUAAACCGCAGAGAGCCCGGAAAAAAAACAAAAAUUGUCGGAGACAUGCUCUGUACGUGGAUUUCAGUGACGUUGGCUGGAAUGAUUGGAUUGUGGCACCACCUGGAUAUCAGGCUUUUUACUGCCAUGGUGAUUGCCCGUUUCCCCUGGCUGACCACCUGAACUCAACCAACCACGCUAUAGUGCAGACUCUGGUUAACUCAGUUAACUCAAGCAUUCCCAAAGCGUGCUGUGUUCCCACAGAACUGAGCGCCAUUUCCAUGCUCUAUUUGGACGAAUACGACAAAGUCGUCCUUAAAAACUAUCAGGAGAUGGUGGUAGAGGGGUGUGGGUGCCGUUAACCCCCCCAACAAACAAAAAAAAAACAGACUGCUUGUCAUCAGAAAGACUUCUUCAAAAAAUACAAAAUAAUACAAAAAAACUAACUUUCACCUUGACCUUAUUUAUGUCUUCUAUGUGCAAAAAUUGUUUUGACAAUAUGAUCAUAUAUUUUGACAAAAUAUUUAUAACGACGUAUUAAAAGAAAAAAAUAAAAUGUCAUUAUUUUCAAAAAAAAAAAAAAAAAAGUUGUAAAAACAUAAGCUAUUUCUUUGUACAGUUGUGUAUAAAUGUAUAUUAGGAUGAAUUUUUAUGGGAAGAGUAUUUUUUUUUUCUAUAAUUUUUUUUUAAUAGUGUUUAUAUUUAUUGGCAGCGUGGCUUUAAAAAUCCAUUUCUCCUAAAUGAAGGUAGAAUAGUUGAGAGGAUAAUGUAGUCUGGGGGCCACAGUGGAGUUUGGAUAUGGAGCCACUGGAUAACUAAACUGCUUCACUCCCUAACCUGUGUAAAUUGUUUUUUUUUAUUCUUUAUUGUAUUUCUUUUUUCCACUUAAUUGAUCAAAAAAAAAAAAAAAAAGACUCUGGAAGCACCUGAGUUGUUAUGCUAAUACCAAGCAUACCUCCCCUCCCACUCCCUGCUAUAUACUGCAGGUUCAAAGCUAUUCAGACGACUUUAUUCUUUUUUUUUUAUCAUUUUACAGAUUCUACAGACUGGACUGUAGAUGAGAGGGUAUUGUGCAAAAUAAUUUCUUUUAAAACAUCAAAGCUUCCCAAAGUCUUUUGAAGGUUUAAAAAAAAAAAAAAAAAAAAAAACACAAAAAAAGGGCAAAAGACACUUGACAAGUACUGUAUUUACCAUUGACAGAUGUGUUCAUCUGCGCUUCAGUCUUCAUCAGUGAACAAAAAUAUUUUUAAAAAUAAAUGUAUUUAUUUUUCCCCUUCACGUUGAAAUGAUCCGUCGUUUUCAAGUUGCGUGUCAGUGCAUCCCCGGUAAACUAUAUAUUAAGGUUUUUGCCUUUAAUUAUUGAAAGCUCUGUAAGUGCUU